CUCGGUGUAAGGUCACUACAGUCUCUCCCUGGCUGCUGCCUCACACUCUCCCUCACCACCUCCCUGGUCACUCAUCACACUGACUACUGUAGACAGUGACUAGGUAGCUUCUAGUACGGAUGGCCUCACGUGUGUUCAUCUCCUAACUAGACGCUGCUACGCAAACUAGAAGUCUAGGAGGCGGAACUCAACAAUUUGCUGCCCGUGUUUUCCCAGCUUGGCAACCAAGAAUUGCACUUUUCUUACCGAAAUUUGCAAGAUAUGUGAAAGUGUACUAUUGAUAAUGUGGGAACCACAGUGAUCUGAAUUGGGAAUUUGAGUUAUUUGUUCUACGAGAGACGGAUAAUAACUUUUUACCAGAGUUGAAGAAACAUCAAAUUUUACAAGUGUAUUUAUUAUCCAUGAAUAUAAUUUUUUGCUUGAAAUCGAGAACUAUAUUCUUAUAUUAUCCCUGAUUUACAAUAAGAAGGUUUACAAAGACUUUGAUGGUAGAAUAAUGUGUACGAGUUUAUAACUGAUAACAAGACAAAAUACAUUUUUUAAUAGGAAACAGCAAGAACAGAAUAUUGUGGUAUUUACAUGACGUAUUACGUGUGUUCUAACACCUUCAACUUGAAAUAAUGUGACAGAUAUCGUUCAAAAACAAACUCGAGAACUUUUACCUUGAAGUUUAAACCCUUCAGUGUUGAUUACAUGAAGUUUGUACAGAAGCCUUCAGUUGGGUAGAUGAAGUAUGUGAGUGGAACUCACCUCACACUGGGCUAUUAUGAGAAUAACGGAUGCAGACGACGACUACACAGUGACUGCUGACCAGCGGGCAGCCCUCAUGGAGCUGGAGUCGCUGACAUGGAACUACCCGACACCGCAGCAGGCCCGGGGGGCACGCUCCCCUCUCCCCCAGGCCCCCCUUCACCACCACCAUCACCACCACCAAGCUGACGACGACGACGAUGAUGAUGAUGACGAUGAUGAUGACUCUUACUACGUGGACAUGGUUCCAUACGACAUGACGGAGAGGCUGAAGGAAGUGAACCGAGCGCUGAUAGAGGACCCUACACCUGCAGAGUGUGACCGAGCCAUUACUGUCCGCUUCAGGGAAGUGAUAGCGGACUAUCAGUCCCCCAGAGAGUACAUCCCGUCAGACUCCGACGAUGGGUAUGGUGAUUCGUCAGACCUCCUCUACGAUGCAGAGGAUGAGGAGGGGCUCACCGCCCUCACCUCCGAGGUCAAGGAGGUCUUGGGAGGUAACGUUAAUGUGGUCGAUCUAAUGGCUGACCUCUCCCAGGAGAGCUGCUUUGUGGAGUGUAACAGCCUUGGCCUAAGUCUGGACGCCGCCUCCCAGGCGAACUUGGAUAAAGGUAAACAAACUAUUAGUGUCAGUGAGGAGGAUAAACUCAAGUACAACGACAACAGCCAGGAUGAGAGGAAAACAGACGUUCCUAAACUUCGAUUAGACUGCCACCAGGAUGAAUCUCAGCUCAGAUUUCCUGCAAAUGAUCUUAUUUUGGAGAAGCAAACAGGAUCAACAUCGCAGGUUCCAUCUGAGAAGACGCUGUUAAAGGUUGACGAGUCUGGUCUGGCCGAUCUAGAAACUUUCAUUAAUCAAAAUGAUACCUCAGAAAUCCUCGAGUGUCUACCAGGAGACGCAGCGAAUCUGGUAGACGAGGAUGAAGGAAGCGGAGUCACUAUGUCCCUUAUAGAAGUCAGAGAGGAAGUGCAUAUAGAAAGAGGUCCCAGCAGCUUAAACGACGUAGUAAAUGCAGAUCUUAGACUUAACGAAUGCGACGUAGGAGAGACCAAUUCUAAUGACUUCUUUCAGAGAAGAGAAUCAGGUGAAGUUACAGACCUAGCAAAUCAUCUCAAAGCCAUAAAUGAUGCUGACAUUGCUUAUUUCGAGAACAGUGAUGAGUUCGAGGAUUCUCAAGAUGAAGAGCUCACGGAAGCAGAGUCUAAGGAAGAAGAAAGUUCCACGCUAACAGAUUCAUCCCAGGCACUUCCAGCAGACUCGUCCCAGGUACUUCCAGCAGACUCGUCCCAAGCACUUCCAGCUCCUUCUCAAAUACAAUCUAAACAUUUACCUGAAGUUAGUUCUAAAAAGCAGCCAGAUGACUGCCGGAGUGAAAGCAGGACAACCAGUCCAGAGGUCACAACGGUGAAGAAAUCAACACAUAAAAGCAGGAAAGACCAAAGUGUAAGGAAGUCUUCAGGUACAACCUCUGAGAAGAGUAAAAAGAGAACUGAGAGUAACUCGCCAUCGCUACCGCCGAAGCUUGUUACACCACCCAGGUCUAAACCCAAGCAUGUUGCCACUAGCCCUCCCAUGAUCAAGCCAGCCCUUCUAUCUUCGGAAAAACUCAACACCAGCCGCCAUAGAACAAGAACAUCGACAUCAUCACGCUCGAGAUCUGCUGCAUCCACCUCUUCCUCUUCCUCAUCCCCUCUCUCUUCCGCAUCGUCUUCCUCGUCUUACUCUUCCUCGUUAUCGUCGCAUUCUUCCCCGUGCCUCCGUGGACGCAGCCGGACACCCAUCAGCGGACCAGUGCGGCCCACGGCGCACCGGUCCGCCGGGACCGGUACUGCUGUAAGGUUACCCACAGGGGCCCACGAAGGUUUGGCCCUCAUACCUAUUGCCCCUCCUGUAAGGUCACCUACCAGUGCCCAUGGGCUGGCUCUCACACCCACCAACCCCGCCCCACGGGGACGAGUUGGGCCCCUCGCCUCUGGUAGAACCCCACCUCACGCUAAAGUGCGCAAGGCGGCCAGCGCCUCAGACCUACACAAGUCUACCGAGAACACAGAUGAACGUCAAAAGCAGAACAACGAGGUGUUCCGCGCCUGGCUGAGACAGAAGAACAAGCAGGCAGCCGUUAGUAAAAAGCAGUACCACGCUUCUAACGGUGCAGGGAAGAGCACUUCGGAAGUAACAGAGCGAAGGAAGCGGGCUGAAGAGGCGUUCCAGGCCUGGCUGUCGAGGAAGAGGGAACAGCUGAGACUUGAGAAGAAGAUGAGAGGAGAAAGACGUCGCCUGGAGGACCAGACCAGAUACGCCAGGUCCAAAGCCGAGUGUGAGACGGCUUACAAGGAGUGGUGUCGACGGAAGAGGGAGGAGGUGAGGACUACGGUGCGCGUGGGUGGCGGGGUCCCUCGCUCGCAGUCCCUCGAGCGUCCCUGGGCACAGGAGAAGACCAGGAAACUCUACACUGCCUACCUCAGCGGUCACUAGUCAAGAGGACACACCUCCGAGCUUCCUCAGUUACUUUCACACACAUGCGCCAAGUAGACCUUUCAGUGCGGCGCAUCUCGCCGUUACAUGAAGCCGUUACAUGAAGCCGUUGAGUGAAGUUAAUCCAUGGUCAGUGGAAUAAAUGACGCUACUGCUAAGAGAUAAUUUCUAGUCAGUGCGAAUCACGAUUGUACUUUGGAUAAAAGAAGUAACAAGAGGUCCACAGGAUAGGCAAAGUAGGUUUUUACAACCUUGCCUGCUGACCAAUACCCAUGACGCUCACACAUAUGUUUGACUCACUCCACUGGCCAGUAUGUGGGGGAACUCCAAGUUUAUGGAUAUGCUUAGUGGAUAUUAUAUGGAAUACAACUGUAUUUGGCUUGAUUUAGUUGCCAAUACGUGACUUAGUUAUAUUUGAUUAGUACCUGUGGUACAGCUGUAUUCGACGCACCCAGGUGGUAAUGAGUGGAGCAAAGGUGUGUUCAGCUUAACCUAAGUGCCCAGUAUAACAGCUGUAGUGGUUUCUUGUAGUGAAUGCAGCAGGUGUAUAUUUUCAAGUUUACAUAUGGAAUGCUGAAGUCAUGCACACAUCUUUUGAGGCUUAAAAGAUAGGUCCA